CACAAGAAAGUCUAAUGAGACUUCCCAAAUAGAAACUAAAGUAGUAGAGACACUGUGUCAGGGAACACAAACACUCUCCUACAGACUCAUUUACUCUACAUGCUACACCACAAAGAAGCGAGAUAUGGCUACCACUGGCAGUGUGCUGUCUGAGGAGCAGCUUCUGUGCCCCAUCUGUCUGGAUUUGUUCAACCAACCAGUCUCCACUCCUUGUGGGCACAACUUUUGCAAGGACUGCAUACAAGGAUACUGGCAGAGUGCUAAUCUGUCACAGUGCCCCAUGUGCAAGCACAAAUUCUACAGGAGGCCUGAGCUCAAAGUUAAUACUUUCAUAUCUGAGGUGGCGUCUCAGUUCAAGAAGUCAUUGGAAAAGAAAGAAGCAAAUUUGGGGCAUAAAGGAGAAGUUUCAUGUGAUGUGUGUGUUGGAAAAAGAGUCAAGGCUCUUAAAUCCUGUCUUGACUGUUUGGCCUCCUUCUGUGAGACUCACCUGGAGCCUCAUCAUGUUCUAGGCACCUUCAAGAAACACCACUUGAUCAAUCCCAUGAUGAACAUGCAUGACAGAGUGUGUAAGAAGCACGAGAAACUCCUGGAUCUAUUCUGUAACACUGACCAGACGUAUGUGUGUCAGAUCUGCAUUAAGAAAGACCACAGUGCUCAUCACACUGUACCCAUAGAGGAUGAGAGCAGAGACAGGAGAGCUCGUAUAACAAGGAUGAAUGCAGAGGUGGAAGAUAUGAUCCGUGGCCGACUGCAGAAAAUUAGCGAAAUCAAUCGAACCGUUGAGCUUAGCAGAGGAAACACAAAAAUAGAGAUGGAGGAGAGUUUGCAAGUCUUUAACAAACUGCUCCACUUUAUCCAGAGAGGCAAAGCCGAAUUGGUGGAGGUGAUCGGGGAAAAGCAGAGGCAAGUUGAAAGCAAGGCCAGCGGACUCAUCGUGGAGUUGGAGCGGGAAAUUGACAAGCUGAGGCGGAGAAAUGCUGAACUGGAACAGCUCUCACACUCCGAAGAUGACCUCUACCUUCUCCGGAGCUUUCCAGCUUUCUCGUCACUGCCAGCCACCAAAGACUGGUCUGACACCUGCGUGGAGAGUGCUGUAUACGUGGGCACGGUGAGGAGAGCAAUUAGGAGAACAGCGUGUCAGUUGGAGGAGACAGUAACGGCUGAGGUGAAGAGGCUAUGUGAGACCGAGUUUCAGAGGGCUCGGCAGUAUGCUGUAGAUGUGACUCUGGACCCUGAUACAGCUCAUCCCAAACUGGUGCUGUCUGAAAACAAGAAACAGGUCUAUCAUGGCGAUAUAGCACUAAGCCUCCCUGACAACCCAGAGAGAUUCUACCCCGGUAUCAGCGUUUUGGGAAAGGAGGGUUUCUCCUCUGGCAGGUUCUACUAUGAGGUCCAGGUGAAAGGGAAGACAGAGUGGGAUAUUGGUGUUGGUCUUGAGUCCGCCAACAGAAAAGGAGGGAAUAUAUUAAACCCGGAAAGAGGCUACUGGGCCCUGGGGAUGAGAAAGAACAAGAGCUACUGGGCCCUCAGCAGCACUCCUAUCUGUGUGCCUCUGGUGGAAAAGCCCCAGCGAGUCGGGGUGUAUGUGGAUCUGGAGUGGGGGCAGGUUUCUUUUUAUAACGUGGAUGCUGCCUCUCAUAUCUAUUCAUUCACUGGAUACUCAUUCAAUGAAAGACUUUUCCCGUACUUUAACCCCCGGCGUAAUCAUUGCGGGGUCAACUCUGCUCCUGUUAUCAUCUUGCCUGUCUAAAAUCUGACAGAUUUCCUGUUGCUUGAACUAUUUUAUCAUUUUAUAUUUUCCAGUUAAAGGUAGCAAAGGUCUAGCAGGAUGUUUGUUGCUCUGUUUGCUUGAAUAAAGUUUGUUUAAUCAUCUGUAA